AUGCUUCUGUCUUUACAAGUCUCUUGCGCCAAGUGCUGGAUUGAUUGCGGACUGGAGGUGGACACGGUGGUUGGUCACAGCUUUGGACAACUCGCGGCGCUAUGUGUUGCCGAUUCCAUUUCUCUCAAAGAUGCAUUUCUCUUUGUCUCGGGUCGGGCUCGCCUUAUCCGAGAUAGUUGGGGUCUAGAGCGUGGCGCUAUGCUGUCAGUCGAGUGCGACAAAGGGGAACUCGAAGCCGUGGUACGUCUGGUGAAUUCGACGAGCGGUCUUCACGUCGAUGUUGCAUGCUACAACGGUCCUCGCAGCUUUGUUCUUGCCGGUGACGGGCCAUCCGUAGAGAGGGCCGAGAAGGAAUGCCGGUCCUUCAAGAAAACCAGGCUUCGAAACAGCCAUGCAUACCAUUCUUACCUCGCAGAUGACAUUUUGGAUCAUCUAGCAGAAGUGGCUAAACUGAUCAGGAUACGACCGCCUCGCAUCCGCAUCGAGACCUGCUCUGCCCAAGGAACCUGGUCGCGAUUCACUGCAGAAAAGUUGGUGCAGCAUACCCGGGAACCAGUCUACUUUGCCGAUGCGGUUGAACGGAUCGCCUCCCGCUUACCUUCUGCUAUUUGGCUCGAAGCAGGAUCAUCGUCUCCCAUCAUUGCCAUGACGCGUCGUAUAAUAGCUUUGAAGUCCGGCAGGUCAGACGUCUUCAUACCCAUGGAGCUGGGAAGAGCGGAUGCCACGACAAACCUUGCCAAAGCCACAUGCCAAUUGUGGACGGCCGGGUCAGCUGCGCAACACUGGCUCUUCCAUCAUUCUUCACGACAUUGCUACAGGAAUCUCAACCUUCCACCCUACCAAUUCGACAAGACGAGCCAUUGGAUCCAGUACAAGCCCAGGUCUGGGCCUAGGACCAAGGAAGCCCCUAGUCUUGUGACCUGGUUGAACAAUGAUGGCGCUACUGCCGGAGAGCAUCUUUUCGCGGUGGAUACUUCCAAUGCUCUCUUCGAGCUCGCUGCACGGGGACACGCUGUCACGGGCCAGAGCCUCUGUCCGGCAUCCAUGUAUAUCGAGUUGGCGGCUAGAUGCGUCAUGGCGAUGCAACGCACCGACACUACGCAUGCAACCGGAACACUGCCACAUAUUGAGGGCUUGACCAUGUCAGCGCCACUGGGGCUAGGAGCCGGGAUUGCCGUAUUCCUACGUCUCCAUAAGACUGCGCCAGAAGUUUGGGAUUUUGCCGUCUUUAGCCGGCCAUCAUCUUCUCAUGGCCCAGGGCACGUGGGAGACAGAGAAACUGAGCAUGCGAAAGGAUGCAUAAGCUCGGUUGCCGCCGACGAGGCCGUGGUAGAGAGGCUGCUGAAGUUGCUGCAAAGAUCAAGCACAUAUCGCCUUCGGAAUUUGCCCUCAGCCACUGGAGUAAGUGGCACAAUGGUGUACAAACUCUUCUCGGACGUCGUUGAGUACGCAAGCUACUACCGGGGAGUUCAAAGCGUGUCUGCUUCAGGAAACGAGGCGGUUGGCCUUAUCACAAUUCCAACGGACCGGCCCUCUUGCAUGGAUGCAAGUAUCUGCGACAUCAUUUCUGUUGACAACUUCCUCCAAGUUGCAGGCAUCCAUGUCAACUGUUUGUCCCAGCGGGACGACGACCAAGUCUUUAUGUGCACCGCAGUGGAGGAAAUCAUAUUUUCUGCUUCCUUCAUGACAAGCAGAGGCGAUUCUCGUGCAUGGACUGUUUACACCCGUUACGAGCCAAUUUCCAAGGUCGACGUGACCAACGACAUCUUUGUUUGCGAUUCAAGCUCCGGAAUUUUGGUGCUGGCCAUCAUGGGCGCCAAAUUCAGGAGCAUCCCGCUCAAGUCGGUGGCGAGAAGCCUCACCAGACUGAAUAAAGCCCCCACCACCACUAAUGUAGUAGUAAGUCUACACUCAGACAAUAGCGACGAUCUGCACGACUCGGCAUACCAAACAGGAUUUCCUUCUCCGUCGGGCGAUGGCCUCCAGAAAGAGCUUUCCAAACAUACCUCUGAUUCCCCAGUGCGACAGGUUACCGCGGAAGCGUCCCCUUCUCAAAUAGUUGCGAUCCAUCAGCAGCAACUGGAACAGCCAACCAAAUCUAGCAGCCUAGUUCAAUCGGUAUGCAGCAUGUUCAGCGCCAUACUGGAGAUACCCGUCGAGGAGAUCGAGCCCACGGCAAGUUUGGAUGACCUCGGCGUCGACUCACUGCUGGUUACCGAAGUCCUCGCAGAAGUCGAAACCCGUUUCUACGUUGGUCUCGCACAAGCACAACUCAUGAAUUGCACUGAUGUACGCUCGGUCGCCCGACUAAUCCAAGGUGUCGACUCUACACAGAAGCACCGAGAGCCCAUUGACGAGCUUGUGGAAGAGCAGGAACCCGAAGACAAUCUUGCCAAUGGCUACCCCUUAGGCUCUGUACACGAGGAGAGCCAGCAGACUUAUGACCACCAUGAGAGCCGCCAGGAGCAGGAGGAGUAUGCGAAUCUGGCUGUCGUGAGCUGCGAUUGCUUCGUCGAUGCCAAAGCUUCGUACGACCACCACGCCGAAAUUACGGGCUUUACGGGCUUCUGCGCCGAGGUCUUCCCCUUACAGUCUAAGCUCGUCGUGCAGUACGUCGUAGAGGCCUUGGCUUCAUUAGGCUGUAUCCUGCAGGCACUAAAGCCUGGCGAUGAAGUGCCUACAUUCCAGUUCGAACCUAGACACGAGAAGCUCGUUCCCCAGCUGUACAAGAUGCUGGAAGAUGCUGGUCUUGUGACCAAAGGGGCGGACGGAAUAUGCCGCCGCACCAAGGAGCCAGUUCCCACGGUUUCUACAUCCGCGCUGCUCGAUGAAAUGCUAUAUAAAUUUCCAAAGCACGCUUCUGAGACGAAACUCCUCCAUACAACAGCUCACAGACUGGCGGAUUGCCUCUCGGGGCUGGCCGAUCCCCUGGCUUUGCUGUUUCGUGACUCGACAGCACGCACACUGCUGGAAGAUGUCUACACGAACGCACCUAUGUUCAAGACGGGGACCCUGGUCCUUGCUCAGUACCUAUCGACGGUUCUGGAGCGCGUCGGGACCAGUCGCGAGCUUAAGAUUCUUGAGCUCGGCGCCGGCACUGGAGGAACAUCAAAACACGUUAUCGAGACGCUGGCCGGGCUCGGCCCCAAGUACAAAUUCUCGUACACAUUCACCGACCUGUCUUCCUCGCUUGUCGCGACUGCCCGCCGCAAGUUUUCCAAAUGGCCGUUUAUGCACUACACGGUGCUCGACAUUGAGAAAGACCCGGGCCCGCAGUUCGUGGACGUCUACGACAUUGUUAUUUCGACCAACUGCAUCCACGCAACGAAGAGCCUCAUGCAGUCAUGCGCCAACAUCCGCAAGUUGCUGCGCGCAGACGGGAUCCUGUGUCUGGUAGAGCUGACACGGAACCUGUACUGGUUCGAUCUUGUGUUCGGUCUCCUUGAAGGCUGGUGGCUGUUCGAUGACGGCCGCGAGCACGCCCUAGCGGACGAGCAGCGAUGGAAGCAGUCUCUGCAUGCUUCUGGGUUUGAGUGGGUAGAUUGGUCCAAUAGUCUGUCAGCAGAAUCCAACAUCUUGCGCGUCAUCACGGCUUCUCCAUACGAAUUGGCUCCAUAUGAUAUCGAUUCUAGGCUCGUUCUGGGCAAUAACAAUGAAGCGGACGGCAGCAGCGACCACAAUACACUCAAGGACACCUUGACUUUCAAAAAGGUAGAUGGUCUACAUCUUCUAGCAGACAUACACUACCCUCCAGAGGUAGUCGAGCUCGGGAAAGUGCUUCCUGUAGCUCUCAUGAUUCACGGAGGUGGUCACAUCAUGCUUUCGAGGAACGAUAUCCGGCCGGAACAAACAAGCAAGCUCUUGCGAAGCGGCUUUCUUCCAAUCAGCAUCGACUACAGGCUCUGUCCUGAAACGACGCUCAUUGAGGGACCCAUGGCAGACGUUGCCGACGCAUUUUUGUGGAUCCGCACUGUUCUCCCGAAGCUGACACUCUCACGGCGUGACAUCCGUGUUGACCCAGACAAGGUCGUGGCUGUGGGCUGGUCCACAGGGGGCCACUUGGCCAUGACGCUGGCCUGGACCUCUGCAGCACGGCAGAUCCGACCCCCGGAGGCCAUUCUGGCCUUCUACUGCCCCACAGACUACGAGGACCCUUUCUGGAUCGCACCCAACGUCCCUGCCGGCGCUCAGACUACAGACACCGACAUGACCACAUCUGACUCUUACGACUUGGAUGGCCAGAUACUGGAGGGUCUGUUCGAUUCUCCCAUCACGAGCUACAGCAUCCCGUCCAAGAAACGCGCACUGGGCGGCUGGCUAGCACCCAGCGAUGCACGUAGUCGGCUAGCACUGCACAUGAACAUGCACGGGCGCACACUGCACGUCCUGCUCGGCGGCCUACUCACGCUCGACAAGAAGAGCUGGAAGAUUUCGGACGAGCCGCCAACGCCCGAACGUAUUGCGGCUGCCAGUCCACUGGCGCAGAUCCGCGCAGGCAAUUACGCUGCGCCGACAUUCCUUAUCCACCCCCGCAAUGACGAUCUGAUCCCGUGGCAGCAGGCCGAGCGCACCUGGCAGAGGCUGCGGGACAUAGGAACGAUCGAUGCGGAGCUCAGAAUUGUUGAGAACGUGCCGCAUUUGUUUGAUAUAUAUCCCGAGCAUCACGACAAUGAGGCGGCCGCGCAAGCGAUAAGAGAAGGAUACCAAUUUUUGUGUAGAUAUGUUGGUUUAACGUGGCGUGAAUAA